AUAAUAAGCUCUUUACUCCACUGAUAACAGUUCUCUGACUAACAGAAGACAUGAAGGCGUCUUUCAAUAUGACAAGUUGGAUGAUACAUUGUGGAUUUUAAAUUGUAAUAUAUUCGCGCUUUGGGGUUUUAGGACUGCAGUUUUACACCACAACGAAAAGAAGAAAAUUAUUCUUAUACACUUUAUUUUUUUAUCUGCCACCAUGGAGUCUAAUAAAAAGCAGUUGACUCUACAGCUGCUGAUGGCUGCUGGGACUGCUGUGAUCGGCUCCCUGCAGUUUGGCUACAACACAGGAGUCAUCAAUGCCCCUCAGAAGAUCAUCGAGACUUUCUACAAUGAGACGUGGCAUAAGAGGUAUUCAGAGUACAUGCUGUCGAGCACACUAACUACACUCUGGUCUGUAUCGGUGGCCAUCUUCUCAGUAGGUGGCAUUUUCGGCUCCUUCUCAGUUGGGCUGUUUGUAAACCGCUUUGGCAGGAGGAACUCAAUGCUCAUUGUUAAUGUUCUGGCCUUCAUAGCUGCUGCAUUAAUGGGCUUUUCCAAGCUGGCUGAAUCCUGGGAGUUGCUUAUUAUUGGACGCUUCAUAGUGGGCCUUUACUCUGGCCUGUCCACAGGCUUUGUACCAAUGUAUGUUGGAGAAAUUGCCCCAACUUCAUUACGUGGGGCACUGGGCACACUUCAUCAGCUUGGCAUUGUCAUUGGCAUCCUCAUAGCACAGAUUUUUGGUAUGAAAGAAAUCAUGGGAAACCCAACAAUGUGGCCCUUCCUACUUGGCUUUACUUUCAUCCCAGCCUUAUUCCAGUGUGCCCUGCUCCCCUUCUGCCCUGAGAGCCCACGCUACCUCCUCAUCAACCAGAACGAAGAGGAAAAAGCCAAGACUGUGCUGAAGAAGCUCCGUGGCACUGAUGACGUGGCUGCAGACAUGCAGGAGAUGAGGGAUGAGAGCAUGCAGAUGAUGAGGGAGAAGAAGGUCACCAUCCCUGAGCUGUUUCGCUCAUCACUCUAUCGCCCGCCCAUCUUCAUUGCCAUCAUGCUGCAACUCUCCCAGCAGCUCUCUGGUAUCAAUGCUGUUUUUUAUUUCUCCACUGGUAUAUUUGAGAAAGCAGGGGUGUCUGAGCCGGUCUAUGCCACCAUUGGUGCUGGAGUUGUUAACACAGCAUUCACAGUUGUGUCUCUGUUCAUAGUGGAGCGAGCUGGUCGAAGAUCAUUACAUCUCAUAGGGCUGAUGGGAAUGGCUGUGUCUUCUGUUCUCAUGACCAUAGCUAUGGCACUACUAGAUCAAGUGCAAUGGAUGUCGUAUGUCAGCAUCGUAGCCAUCUUCAGUUUUGUGGCAUUUUUCGAGAUCGGACCAGGCCCAAUCCCAUGGUUCAUUGUGGCAGAACUCUUCAGUCAAGGUCCCCGGCCUUCUGCCAUCGCUGUUGCUGGUUUCUCCAACUGGUUUGCUAACUUUUUGGUGGGAAUGUGUUUCCAGUAUGUUGAGGAACUGACAGGCCCGUACGUUUUCAUCAUCUUCACUAUCUUCCUGCUGAUAUUCUUCGUCUUCACCUACUUCAAAGUUCCUGAGACUAAAGGCCGGACAUUUGAAGAGAUCUCUGCAAGCUUCCGCUCAGGGGCAGAGAAAUAUUCCCAAGAUGAUCUGAACACACUGGGGGCAGAUUCCCAGUUCUGAGAGCACUACGUCACGUUUAUACAGUAAUGUAAUAAACUAAUCAAUUGAGUGUCCUCAGCUAUAGCAUGGUGGAUAUGUUCAAAAUUGCAAACUACUAUAUUACUUCUAAUAGGAAUUCAGUAGGUUAUGCAAUGUUUACUAUGCACUUGUGUUGUCACGAUACUGGAUUUUCUAACUUUAUGAUACCUUGAAAAAUAUCAAUAUUCAAAAACAUUUUUUGAUACCAUGGGGAAAAACUGCAUAAGAUUUUAGAUUUUUAAGAUAAAUAUGACAACCCUAGAACAUGACAAUUAGGUAUAUUCUUGCAUUAAUGAAAACUUCCUUAGGUGGUAAAACACUGGAGACAAGCUAAUGGAUUUGCAAAUGUUCACUUCUUUUUUGUCAUGAGAAGUAUUAUUUUUGGCAUUUUACAGUAUUACCCAGAAUAGGGUGGUGUGAGCAUUAUGGAGUGCUAUAAACACGUCAAGUCAAGUCAGUUUUAUUUAUAUAGCGCUUUAAACAAAACAGAUUGUGUCAAAGCCGGCAAGGACUGCAUCAGUGACAGAAUGUAGAAACAACCUGAGAAACCGAGACGUUUCCUAUACAUUGAGGUUUCAUAUCCAAUCAUAUUUUGACCUCCAGUAAAUUAACUCAACUAAUAAAUUUGUUAUCCUAUGCAAUAUAUAUAUAUAUUUAUUUAUUUAAGAUUUGUGCAUAAUGUUUAAUGUGUGUGUGAUGAGGAGAAUUUAGUAUUGUUCAUUUGUCAGAACUGCAAUAAUUGUUGACAUCCUGUCUAUUUAUUUCACAUAUUGCUAAGAAUUAUGAAUGAAACAGGCUUCUAAUAUUUCUUAUGUAAAGAUAUAUUUAUAUUUGUUUUAGUGUUUUCAAUUAACAUGGCAUAGAUUGACACAGAGCCAUUCAUCCAAAGGAUGUAAAUAUAUUCAGGUUUACUAAAGCAAAUUGUUUUAAUAGAUGUGCUUAUUAUUUAGAAUUUUUUUUUUAAAAUCUUUCUAAAAGAUGAGAUAUGGUUUUGUUUGGUAUGUCAAAGAAAUUGUAUUAGAAAUCCAAGAAAAAAUGUGCCAAGACAUGUCCUUGCUGGGUAUGCUACUUUUUUUCUAAAUAUUAAAUUUUUAGUUGGAAAUAAAUCAUACAAAC